ACUGAUUGCAUGAAUGUGAACUCCCUGACCUGGUCCCAGCAGCCGGAUUGCACGCCACGCAACUUUCGCUCCUGGGACCCGGUCGCUACGGACUUGCACCGCGGCGGCACCCGGGCGGAGAGAGGAGUCAGCGAGGUGGUCCGAGUUGGUCGGGAGCCCGGAGACUGGCAGGAGGCGGACGACGCCCCCGUCGCGGUUCGGAGGAGAGAUACAUUAGCUCCAGGAGCUGCGGCCGGUGUACAGGCAACUCUUCCAGAGAGCACGGCGGCCACUUAGGAGCAGCGCGGGGACCCAUGUGUCCGAGGGGAGCUCCAGGGAGCAGGGCUGGAGCUCUGGGGUGGAGCGGGGGCGGCGCUGCGGGGCCGGGAUCCCGUGAGACCUGGGGACACCCUGGACGGAGGCGUGGCCCCAAGCCCCCGAGCGGUUUCUGGAAGAUCAAGGCGGGAAGCCGCUGCAUUUCUCAGCCGCUGCCCCCUCGGCUUAAAUUCAGCCUCCAAGUUGCAGGCACUGGAAAGACUACCUCGAGGAGCAGAGCAUCUGCCCCUGAGGGUGGUGGGGUUUGCUCAGGGGCUUAGACACACCGGGGACUCACCCAACGUGCCGGGAGAGGACUGGCAAGUGCCUCAGAACGCCCAGUGAGCGGGAAGCCGUCGGGGUUCGGACGCGAGGGCGCUGAGCCAGCCGGUGCUAAUCUCACCCGCCGUCUGCUCCUCCGCCAGGUGUCCUACGCGUUACAACCAGCACUCCUUGGGGCGACUUUUGUGCAAACGUCUGAGUCUGUUUUCGCAAGAUUUCCUUCUUCCUCCCGGAAAGGUUGGCACGAACUGCAGGUGCUCGCUUGGAGCACCGUAAACCAGCGGUCUCCGCAGGAGGUGCAUCUGGACGAGGACGAUGGCAGGGCUAGGAUCAGUGCUGCCUUCCGGCCUAGUGGCCCCCAAACUCCUGUCCUGGCUAACAGGACUAGGAGCAGGAAUGGUCUUCCUGAGCUUAAUGCAGAAACUACUUUACCCUUACUUCUGGAAUGACCUCUGGUACCUGCUCAAGGUGGUGCGCUGUGGCUUUCAGUUGGAGAUGUACAAACUGAAAGGGGAGCUAGUCACUGUCCUGGAUAAAUUCCUGACCCAGGCCAAGAAGCAGCCCCAGAAACCUUUCAUCAUCUACGAGGGAGCCAUCUACACCUAUCAGGAUGUGGACAGGAGGAGUAAUAGCGUGGCGCAUGUCUUCCUCAACCAUUCCACGCUGAAGAGGGGAGAUACCGUGGCGCUGCUGAUGAGCAACGAGCCCGACUUCAUUCACACGUGGUUCGGCCUGGCCAAGCUGGGCUGCGUGGUGGCCUUCAUCAAUUCCAACAUCCGCUCCGCUUCCCUCCUGCAUUGCAUUCGCAGUUGUGAACCCAGGGCCCUCGUGGUGGGUGCAGAUUUGCUUGGAAUUAUACAAGAAAUCCUCCCAAGCCUCCCAGAAGAUCUCAGCAUUUGGGGAAUGAAUGAUUCUGUCCCACAAGGCAUCAUCUCACUGAAACAAAAGCUAAGCACAGUAUCUGACAGCCAGGUGCCACGCGGCUACCAUGUUACCUCAAACCUCCAGGCUCCUUAUCUUUAUAUUUUCACUUCUGGAACAACAGGUCUCCCCAAACCAGCUGUGAUUACUCAGCUGCAGGCCCUGAAGAGUUCUGCUGGACUGUGGGCUUUUGGUUGUACGUCCAAUGACGUCAUUUAUAUAACCCUUCCUCUGUAUCACAGUGCAGGAUCUCUGCUGGGUAUUGGUGGAUGUGUUGAGUUAGGCGCUACCUGUGUGCUAAAGAAGAAAUUCUCAGCAAGCCAAUUUUGGAAUGACUGCAAAAAGUAUAAUGUGACUGUGUUUCAAUACAUUGGAGAACUUUGUCGCUACCUUUGCAAACAACCUAAGAGAGAAGGAGAAAAGGAUCAUCGGGUACGUUUGGCUGUUGGAAAUGGCUUACGGAGUGAUGUAUGGAGAGAAUUUUUAGACAGAUUUGGAAAUAUUAAGAUGUGUGAGCUUUAUGGAGCUACUGAAGGAAACAUUUGUUUCAUGAAUCACACUGGGAAAAUUGGAUCAGUUGGGAGAGCAAAUUUCUUUCACAAACUUUUUUUCACUUUUGCCUUGAUAAAAUAUGAUUUUCAGAAAGAUGAGCCCAUUAGAAAUGAACAGGGCUGGUGCAGUCAUGUGAAAAAAGGGGAACCUGGACUCCUCAUUUCUCGAGUGAACGCAAAGAAUCCUUUCUUCGGCUAUGCUGGCAAUAAGAAGCACACAGAAAAGAAAUUGCUUUGUAAUGUGUUUAAGAAGGGAGAUGUUUACCUUAACACCGGAGACCUAAUGGUCCAAGACCAGGAGAAUUUCCUUUAUUUUUGGGACCGUAUUGGAGACACAUUCAGAUGGAAGGGAGAAAAUGUUGCAACCACAGAGGUUGCUGCUGUUAUUGGAAUGUUGGAUUUCAUACAGGAAGCCAAUGUCUAUGGUGUGGCUGUGCCAGAUUAUGAAGGAAAAGCAGGAAUGGCUUCUAUUACUUUAAAACCAAAUAAAUCUUUAGACUUGGAGAAAGUUUAUGAACAAGCUGUAACAUUUUUACCAGCUUACGCCUGCCCACGAUUUUUAAGAAUUCAGGAAAAGAUGGAAAUGACAGGAACCUUCAAACUACAGAAGUUUCAGUUGGUGGAAGAAGGAUUUAGUCCAUUGAAAAUUUCUGACCCAUUGUACUUCAUGGAUAACUUGAAAAAAUCAUACAUUUUAUUGACCAAAGAAAUUUAUGAUCAAAUAAUAUCAGGAGAGAUUAGACUGUAAGUUUUUUAAUAUCUGAGAUUUUCACAUGCUUUCUAUGAGAAGUGAGAGGAGAGUAUGUGAUUCUCUAAUGCUAAAUGGGGAGAGAAGGAACUGACAUUAAUUAAGCAUGUGUUAUCUUUCCUUAAUAAGUGACAAUUUUUCUUUAACAACUUUAAUUUGUUUUAAUUAAUAACAAACUUUAGUUGAUUAUUCUUUUUACCCAUUCGGAGAUUCAGUGAAUAAGUAAAUAUCUGCCAUAGGGCUUUUAAAUAAUAAAUAAGUGAUUAACAAUUUAGGUACCUACUAAAAAUAUACUUUUCAAUAUUUAAAAUUUCUAGUUUUGAGUAAAGGGUUAAAUUUUAUUCACAUAUUUGAUUUUUAUGUUCCCUGUCCUAUAACUCAAUAAAACCAUCUUUAUUAAUAUGAGUUUUGAGGUUUUGUUCUGAUGUUUUCAAUGCAAAUUUUCAGUUGAAGGAAGCUAACUGACUAAAUGCAUGUGCUCCUACCUCCCUUAUCCCAAACUCAUAUUAAGAUGAUGGAAGAAAUAUAAAAAUAUGAAACAGCAAUGAAGGAAAAUUGCUAAGCCCAAAGCAUUUAGGAAUUCAGGGAAGAUUAUAAAUUGGAUCAAAUUGAUGAUAAAAUCAAACAGCUGUAGAAACCACUAAUAAUACAAGGAAAGAAUAGACUAGACUAGAACCCAUGUAUUCACACGAAGAUCAGAGGCAGAGAGGGCUUUGAGUGUGAACAGGUUUUUGAGUACUUAACUGGGAAAGGAUAGUGUAAUAAGCAUAGCAGUUUAUCUCAAUCUGGAAGCCUCAGGGCAUCAGGUUACAGUGUUUGCCUCCAGCCAAAAGCAGAUGAAAGACUCUCUUACCAAAGUGAGCUGUUGUCCCUGAGAGGUGGGAGCGGGGGCUGAGAUAAGACAUGGAGUAGGGCCCAGCAGGAAGCUCCUUUGACUCUAAAUCUAGCUCCCUGUACAACCAGAAGGAUAAUUGGCUUUGCCUCAUGUUGCCUGUCCAUACUAAAAAGUUUAUUUGGGUUGCAAGAAAAGUUGCUGAUAGUUCCUUUUUGUCAUUGUUAGAGAAACAUUAUAAAGUUAAAACAUUUUUUUAAUGCAAGGGUUAACCAUAAGCAGCAUAGAAAUAAAAGGUCAAACUCUCAAAUGAAAAAAAUAAAUGAGAAAAUAAUAUCAAUUUUUCAAAAAUCCUGCAUUUUAAGGGAACAACAUUUUUUAAUGCACAAUAAUAAAAAAAAUAAAAUAAAUCCAAGCAUAUCCCUGCUCCCACUACAUAAAUGAGAAUGGAUCAUCUUUAUUUAAAAAGUAUCAAGUGAAUGAACAAAUUGUCAUUUAAUUUUUAUAUUGGUGGUCUAGCUGUCCUUUACCUAUUAAAAAACUGUUUUGCCUUUAUGUUUAUAUUUUUAAUUUAUAUAAAAUUUAUAUAAAUCUAAAUGAACUUUUUUUCGCUAAUACAUAGUUCUUUAAAAUCUCUGGAGACUAGCUCAUGAUGGCAAACUAAACAUACUUACCUAACCCCUUUACCCUCACCCUUCCUGUCAAAUCCAUUAUAGAAAAAGACAAAAUAUUAUGAAGAGAAUGAUCCACUCAAAGAUGGAGGGGAAAAAACAAGAAAAUGUAUUUUUCAGUAGAAGAAACUUUGUGAGAAAUUACUGGAUAGUAGUAAACAGAUGAGAUCAGAUUAUCAAAGAAACUGUAGAAGGGGGAAGAACAAUGCCUCUUACUUACAGUUGAAAACUGCUUCUAAGGCAAAAGAAAUUUCAAAUCACAUUGAAAACAUAUAAAAACCACGAUGGGGCAUCUAUGUAAUCAUCAGUAGAAAGUUGACAUCAUGGGUUUCUUUGCCUUUUCCUUUCUUAUAGAAGACUUCUGUCAGAGACAAAAUAAUGCAUGACAUAAAAAGAUAAUUAGAAAAUAAGACUAUGUAAAAUUCAAAGCUUCUUAAAAUCUCUAAGGAUUAAAGUUUUUAAAGAGCUGGAAACUAGGAUAAAAUAUCUAGAAACUAGAGAAAAAUAGUCAUCUUCAUGUAUUAUGGAUAAAAGCCACUUGCAGAUGAAAAAAUAUGCAGGCCAAGUAAUUUUAAUGAGAGAAAUAUGAAAACAGGCAAUUUAACCAUACAAAACCUAAAAAACCGAAUUUAGUCAUUUAAAGCACACCCACUGUAUGUGAAAUAUGACUAGUGAUAGGUGCUUCGGAUAUGCUGUUAUAUACUUGUAAGCAAAAUCAGGCCUACAGACCAGGUAAGAAAGACAUUAAAUAACUACCCAACAACAUGUGGAAUUGGAACUGUGACAAAUACUACAAAAAGGUGUUCAGUCUUACUGAUAAAGAAAAUGAAAAUUAAAUAGCAGUGAAAUCAGAUUUUGCCCAUCAAGCAAUAAUUAUGCACAGGUUGGCUGGCCAGGGUGUGGGGAAAUUUUAACUACCCAGUGUUACAUUCAGGGUGCAACCUGGUAUAUUAUUUUGGGAAGAAAACUGAUGAAAGACAUAAAAAAUGUUUUGGUAUACAAGAAGCCCAGCAAACCUCAAACUGGACAGAUACCAAGCAAACUACACCGAGACACAUUAUGAUUACACUGCUGGAAACUCCAGAUAAAGAGUAAUUCUUGACAGCAUUUAGAGAAUAAAACCAUACGUUACCUUAAAAAUAAUAAUAAACCAACAGUUUGAAUGAUGGCUGACUUACGAAACUAGGAAAGCCAGAAGAAAAUGAAACAUCUUCAAAAUGAUAAAUAAACAACUACAAGUUGGAAUUCUACAUGCAGUAAAAUUAUUCUUUAAAGGUGAAAAUGAAAUAAAGUCAGAUAAAAAAAUUCACAGCCAGGAAUCCUGUAUUAGAAGAAAAGCUAAGUUAGCUUCUACAGACCAAAGAAAAAUAAGAGGACGUAAGAACUCCUGUCUUCAAGAAGGAAUGAAGCAUAUUGGAUACAGUGAAUACAUUCUACAAUUUCUUGACAUAUAAAGGUGAAUCAAGACUGUUCAAGAGGGGAGUGGAAGACAUCUGAUAUUUUCUAUAAACCUCACAUAUAAGUGUUAUCUCCCUGAGGAAGAACAUCCUGGCUGUUAAUUCUUCCUCAAUUUCGUUGUUUGUGAAUUAGGACUGGAAUAGGAGGAGCAGCCCAGAGAUAUCUGCAGACACUAUGUGUGUGAUGACUGAGAACAAGGAACCCCCUAUAAAUAGUGCACGGGUCAAAGAUACACUUGCACUGACACUGAGCUGCCGCAUUUGGAAAUGGAAAUAGAUAUAUGUUUUAUAAAUUGCAAGUCACAUAAUGGAAAAUUAAAGGAGUUAUCCAUAUAUUAAGAGCUGCAAUAUUAAGACCAGAUAUUAUAUUCUCAAGCAAACAAGCUGAAAAUUUUGAAGAUGAUAUAUGAAAGCUUAUGCCAAAAAGACUUUAAUUAGUGACACUGGACUUAAAAAAGACAAUACAUAGGUGAUAACCUAUAGGUACCCCAGUCUUAUCAUGAAAAAAAAAAAAAAAAAGGAGAUAAAUUUCAAUUGAGAACAUUCUACAAAACACCUGGCUUGUACUCCUCAAAACUGGAAAGGUCAGUAAAAACAGGUAGUUUAAUUAGCAAUUAAAUUAAUGAAUACUUAUUUAGAAUAUUUAUCUACUUUUAUUUAGCAGAUCCCAAGGAGAGGGAAUGUGCUUGAUUGGGAAAGCUGGCGGGACGGGCAUGAGAAGGAAAGAAUUAUACCUAGGAAGUUUAGACAAAUCCUAUUUGAAGCUUUAUACUGAGUGAACAGGUCGCUGGAGUAUAACUGGUAAGAUGCAGGAGUAGGAGUCCCUAAUAGAAAAAAAGUCCAUAAAUACCCAAUAUGUUUAAUUUCCUAAACCUAUCUGAAAUGCUGACAAUAGGGAAGAUGAUCAUGGCAAUGAUUUUCUCCUUCUGAUUUGUAAGAUUCUGUGUAAUUUCUCUUUCUGAUUUCUAAGAGUUGUGUAAUCGACCUCGUGGUAUGGAAGCGAUUGGUCUCAGCAUUGCCUUUACCAGUGACUUAUUAAGAACAGAAGUGAACUUCACAUUCUAAUUCAUGAGGUACCGGGGCAGGUUUUCUGGGGAUUUUCUGAGAAAGUCUUUCCUUCCUUUCACUGGAGAGCCCUGGAAAGCCACCCCCAGCUGUGACGGAGGACGCAAGCUGCCGUAAUUCUUGAUGGCAGCUCUGUUACAAUGAUGAGAGGUGUCAAGCUAAGAAAAAAGACCAAUACGUAUGGAAGCACAGAGUUCACCGCUGCCUGGACCACUCUCAAAUUUGUUCUUCAUCUGGACUUUUAGUUAUGCAAGGCAAAAAAAAAAGUCCCUUUAGUGUGAGCAGGGUUCCUGUUACCUGUCAUUGAAAGUACCCCCAGAUGCUCAUUACCUGCUAGGAAACAUGGCACCUAAGUCAUGAGAGCAGCUAAGUCAGGUUCAUGUGGAAGUCGAGCACAAAGCCUGACAGGAGGAACAGCAGCACUAAACCAUAACCAGAAGCGGGGGUUGGGGGAAGGAAAGGACAGAAAGAAAAAGAAAAAAAAAGGAGAAUAAAAUUAGAAGAGCCGUUAUUGUAUACAAAUCAUUCAUAAUAACAUAUCUUGCCAGAUAUUACCUUCUGUAAAUGGUACUUUCAAAGACAGGUUGAAUAAGCUUUCGAAUGCCAAAAUAGAUUACGUGGGUAAAGACGUCAGUAUGCUACUUUGCUGCUCCCUGGGAUCAGUAGCUGGCACCCUUCUCCUGACCCCAGUAUCGUCUGGAGUCAGCCUGUAUGGCUGAGGCAACCAUCCCCAGGGUGCCAGUUUUAGGUUGUUCUCUUUAUGGAAUCACAGCAUUAUAUUUUCCCAGGACUAAGCAGAUUGUGGACUUACUCCAGGAUACUUUAAUGCUUUUAGGGACAGGUGCCUCGAUUCUUUUCCUGCUACUCUGUAGAAUAAAAUUUAUCCGGAGCUUUCACAAAUACAACCAGCUAGCCAGAACACAAGUAUUCCUCUAGUAACAGUACAAAAACAUAAAUUUAAGAAAAAGAGAGGGAAAGAGAACACCCCACCCCAUAAUAUUUGGUAGCUUCUGGUCUUUAGGAUUGAAAGUCUUCAAUGAGAAGGGAAAGGAUGUUGAGGACAAGUUCUCUGUUGUCGUUGUUUUGUUUUUCACUUUUUCCUGAGUUAAACUUUGUAACUACUGUGUCACCAACAAGAGAAGAGGCUAUAAAAACGAGUGAAUUUUCUGUCCCAGCACAUGCCGUUUUCCUCGUAGCAUUUAAAAACCUUAAAAUUUACUUCAUAUCAAGAAAAAAAAAUACAAUUAGUAAAAUUAUACACACAUUUAAAAACUAGUUAAUUAACUAACACUUUUCUCUCUCUUGCUUGAGUUGAUAAGGUCCUAUUUUAGCCUGGGUUUAACUCUCUAAUUCUCUUCUCUUUCUCUUUCAAGUAGAGUCAUUUUCAUGUCAUAACUCAUCAAAUUUCAGUAAUUCCACACAAUUUAAGAGCUUCUCCUCCAAAUAUUGAUUCUCAUAUUUGUCCUUUUCCUUGUCUAUUUGAGUUUGAGACUAAGACUGCACUUCUAUCCACCUCCACAUCUUUCAAGAACCACGUUUUCACCCCUUGUCUUUUCUCCUCACCACCCUCUUAAACAGCAAUGCCAAGAGGCAUCUGUAAUCUCCAGGUGGGCCCAUUCAUUUACGCAGAAGACAGAACAGAGAAGUUAGGACUUAGCUGCAAGCUGCAAAGUCAGGCAGAACCACUGUUUCUUGUCUUUGGAGAUAAUCUUCAAGUUUGCCGGACUGGGAAAGCCGGUGGGCAGAUACACAAGGGUCGGGUAUUGGUGGGAUUCCCAGAGAAUAGGCUAUGUGCCUUGGCUGAUGUCUGAGGCCAAGGACCAGGGAAGAGAAGGACAAUAGAAACCCUAAUUAGAACAGUGGAAGUUCUGAACCCUAGUUCAAGUAAAGCCCUAGGAGACAGCAAGGCUGGAAGACCCCUUUAUCCAACUUGGUAUGGUGUGCGGUGGUUAGGAAUUGCCUGUUGCAUGUUUAGGCAAAAAUGGUCUGAGACAGCAUGGGAGAAUUUCUUCUUGUGCCAGCACUGCUUGGAAGCACAGCCAAGUAUCAUCCCAAGCUUUUCAGAGGGGCAUUGUAUUAAUUAAAGACUUGGAACAAAAAGCUUUGAAGUUGAGGAAGAGGAAGAUUCCACCAUCACUGAUAAGCCCCUGGUCUGAUCUGCAGACCAGAUAGGCUAAAAGGAUAAUGGGUAACUCAGCAGGUAAAGUGAAGUGAAGUGGAAUGGAAUGAUGGGGAGUGGAGUGGAGUGAUCAAACUUGACAAGAACUACUGUCCCUUCCUCUGCACCUGAGUUUGACCUGAUAGAUUCACCAAUCAUUGCUCAUGGUUUCCCAUCGUCUUUCAUGUUUGCUUUACAGAAGGAGAGGAUUAACUACUUCUUUGUCAUAAAACUUUUAACGCAAAUAGCAUCUGCCUACUUAAGUACCAAUUGGGAUUUUAGGGAGAUGUGCAUAUCUCAAAUAUAAUAAUGAUACAGGCAUCCGAGACUGUGGAAAAAGUUGAGAUAAUUCAUCAUUAAACCAUAUUUCCAGGAUGUACCGGUUUUACAUUAGAGGAUUGGAAGCAAUGUUAUGAACUAUGGAUACCAGUGUCUAAUGUUAGAAGUUUUUCACAAAUCAUGGAGAGGCUGUUGGUUUUGUGUUUAUUACUCAACCAUCUACAUAACAUUUACUUCAGCAAGUAUAUUCUACGCAGCAAAAGAAAGACUUCUAGUCCAAAAGGAUAAUUUGAUCUUAAUAAUAAAUCACUGAUAACCAACUAGUCAUCAGGCACUCUGUUAGGUGCUGCUUUCUGACUUCAGGAAUGUGUAAAUAAUUAUUUUUUCAUUUUAAUAACUUUUUUCAUAAUUUAAUCCAGAUGAGUGCUGUGCUAACACUGACACCCAUAUGAAUCUCCAGAUGAUGUGAUUAAAAUGUGGAUGCUGAUUCUGAGAUUCAAGCCCCACGAUUCUGCCUUUCUAACAAAUUCCCAGAGGAUCCUUAUGCUGCUUGUGCAAAGAUCAUGGUUUGACCACAAGGGCAAGCCUCCUUCACUGGCUUCUGUUGAAAAGCUCUCAGGCUUUUUUCUUUUCAAUUGCUUAUUCCCUUUGGUCUUUGGCAUUCUGCAAUUCUUCUAAGGUUAUUUCACUAUUUCUGGUGUUAUUCCUCUUGAAGGAACAUAUUAAAAGAUACUCCUGUGCUUUCUCAUUUAUAACUUAUUUUUCAGCCAAUUGUGCCAUCAGCUAAUGAAAACAAUUAUGAUGUAAAAGUUGCCCAUCCUUAUAAGAAAAUUCCUUUCUUUUUAUAGCUCUGUCUUCUUUAGAGAAGGACUCAACUGGGACCAAACAAAUUAGAUGUCAGAAGCCCAGAUACUAGACUUCAGUCCAAAUGAGCUCAGGGGCUGUAGACUGCCAGGCAGGACAGGUGGGAAGAAAAUGAGGUGGAAAUAGAAGAGAAAUGCAUUUGCUAAAGGAGUCUCAGAGUUUAAAUUUAGUCAGCCCACCAGGGACUUUAAUUUUGCAGAUCUAGAAACUGGCAGACAUGCCUGGGAUAAAAGUAAACUGUGUCAUAGCCUGGUGCCUAUCUGUCUUUAUACAUGCUAAGUAGGGUUUUUACUUCCUUACAUUAAUUUAGCAAAGCACUGAGUAUUAGAAGAACCUUGUGUCUGUCCUUUCCAGGUAUCCCCCGAGGCCUAGUUUAGCAUCAGUAAAACGCCAGACAGCUUUCUAAUCCUGCUCAAUGGUAGAAGUCACACACACACACACA